AUGAGUCCCGCGCACGAGGGUAACAGCAACGCAAGUGUUGCAAGCAAGAAGGGCAGCAACAACAGCAGAGAGGUUAACCUGAAUAGCGGCAGAAAUAGGACCCACCAAAGUGGAAACUCUCAUCACAUCGGGAACGCCCAACGGAGGAACGUCAAGGAAAACCAAGCCAACGUAUACAGCUACCGAAUGAACGCAAAGAGCAAAUUUGAUCAGGAAGAAAACGAAGCGGGGGAAGCCGCAGAAGCGGCAGUAGCACCUGACGUAGGAGAAGUAAAGCAAUCCAAGCAUGACAAUGCCUAUGACGGAAAAUUUAUAAAAAAAGAUGUAUGUAAUAUGGGCAAAAUAAAUAACGACAAGUCAAACAUGAAUAGUAACGCCACCUCAACGAAUUUUAAAGAAGAAUCGAGCAUGGCCAAUGUGGACAUGGACACAGAGAAGGUACAUAGUAUGUAUAUAAAAAAAUUAAACUCUACGCAGUCAACCAUGAACAUUGAAGGGAAUAAUGAUACAUACAAGGAGGAGGAAUUGAUACAAAUGGGAAUGCAGAAUGGAAAAGCCAAAAUGGAGGACUGUAGCUAUAACUACAAAAAUAAAAAGAUGACCAAAAGUAAACAUAAAAAUAAUAAUAACAUGUUGGAGGAUAAAAUGGAUGACCAGCUAGCCAACGGAGAAGAUGGCGAUAAAGAAAUGUACAACAAUUCAUUUUAUCUGUCAGACAAUAUGGAAGAAUUAGGUAAUGAAGAAAAAAAUAUCUCCUUCAUUAAAAAAAUCAAAAUGUGCUUUAACUAUUUUGGCCCAGGAUGGAUCGUAGCUAUAGCAUAUUUGGACCCAGGAAAUUUGUGCAGUAAUUUAAAUGUAGGGUUAAUUAGAUCACCUGUUGAUAAUGCUACUAAUAAUUUGGUGAAGGAUUAUACAGGAUAUCAUUUACUAUGGAUUUUGGCAUAUGGUCAUAUCUUGGGUUUUGUUUUCCAAGUAUUAUCUAUGAAGCUGGGACACGUGACAGGGUUAGAUUUGGCAUCCAUAUGUUACAAAGAAUUUGAUAAAAAAUAUUCCUACCUAUUGUACAUUUGUGUGCAGAUUGCCAUAUGGGGUGCACACAUACAAGCCAUUGUAGGUACAUUUGUAGCUAUUCAUUUAAUUUUUGGGAUAUCUGUGAAGGUAGCCAUUUUGUAUACCCUAGUAGAAGCACUAGUGUAUAGCUUCCUCGAGAAUAAAAGUCUUAACCUUUUAGAAAAUGUCCUAAGUUUGCUUAUCGGAUUGCUAGCUCUCUGCUUCAUUUUUAACGUUUUUAUGACCCCAAUUAACUACAAAGAGGUAGCUUACGGUAUUUUGUACCCACGAAUUCCGGAGGGGAAAGGAUUUGAUGCCAUGGCGUUAUUGGGUAGUAUCAUAUCAGCACAUGUAUUUUAUUUACACACAAAUUUAACAUCCAAGAAGAAAGCUGUAAUAUUUAACGAUAGAAUGUUAAAAAGAUACAACACAUUGGGGACCGUCGAAUCUGCUGGUUCGCUGUUUCUCUCCUGUGUCACCAACUGCAUUAUUGUACUAACCUUUGCGGAGGUUAAUAUUAAUGCGCACGAUAGAAGAGAUGCGUACAACCUUUUCACAGCAUACGAAGUGAUGAAAAAAUCUUUUGGGAAGAUUUCCAUGUAUAUAUGGUCCUUUGGUCUGCUAAGUAGUGGAAAUAACUCCAGCUUUAUGUGCGAAUAUGCAUCCAAGUCUGUAUUUGAAGGAUUUUUAAAUAAAAAAAUUAACACCUUUUUACGAGUACUAUCUUUCCGAUUCUUCCUUUUCUCUAUUUUGUAUUUAUUUCUACUAUACGAUAAGUACAGUAUUGACCAGCUGACAAACUUUAUCAAUGUCAUCCAAGUCCUGCUGCUGCCUCUGGCCAUUGUCCCUCUCUACCGAUUUAGUAUUCAUAAAAAUGUGUUAGGAAAAUUUGCCUUAACAAAAUAUUCCAAAUUAUUUGUUUUCGUCAUUGUUAUUUCGAUAAUUAUUGCCAACUUGAUGUUAACAGUUUUUGAUUUUAUUCAGAAAGUGCCCAAUCUGUACUCU